AUGUUUCGCAGUGCUCCUGCAGCCGCGCUGCUCUUUUUCCUUCUCUUCUCGUCGCAGGACGGUGUAGGCUCGACUUGUGUGGCCAAUCUUCCACAGAACGAGCAGGAACUGCGGCAGUUAGUGGAGGAGCCAGGAGCUGCACCGUCUCUGAAGUAUGGAGACGAGGCUCGUCUCUUCCCCAACGUCACGUUCAGCUGCAGGGGCAGUGUAGUUGGCUGGAGCCUCAUAGCACCACUGCAUGACAAUCCCCCGGGGCGGAGGCCCAUCAUGAAUGUGUGGUCUCCAAAAGCUGACAGUGAUGAAGAGUACGAACAGUUGCGGGAUAACAGCACUAACCUCAUACCCUGUUUGAAGGAGAUAAUAAGUGAAGAGAGACAGCUCUAUCUGUACGAGAACACCACAAUGGAACCGCUGGAGUUUCAACCUGGCGACAUCCUAGGCAUGGUCCUACGCGAUACAAACAAGAAUAACUCUAUAUUCACGCCAUACAUGUUGAACAAAAUAUGGUUUGUGGCUUAUUACCGUGAUGCUAAAAAUGCUAGACCGACCGAGAACAUCCGUGGUUAUCAAGUUGAUAGCAUGAUGCCACUUCUUUUUCUGCACAUAUGCUCUAUGGAUGAUGGAGACUAUGAGAGAUGUCUUAAAGACUACGGAAGACCACCUACUAUGUGCAUAGAAAUCAACCCUGACACCAGGAGUGGUGAUGAAGAUGAAGAUGAGGGUGGAGUGUCACAGACGGUGCUGGCUGUGGCACUGGGCGUCUCUCUCAUUGUAGCUCUCCUGGUAGUGUCCACACUGCUGGGCCUGACUCUGGUCUACAUAGCAGUCAUCAAGAGGAGACAGAGGAGGAAGGAGAAGGUCACAGUGACUGUCAUGACAGACAAUACCAACAUUCGAAGUGAAGCUCAGCCCUAUGCCGAGCCUUUCCCAUCUCGUACCCACACUCCCUUGCCCCCACCCCCAACCCGACCUCCUCCUCCACCUAACGGACUGAGCAUCGAACAACCCACCUACGCCACCCUGGACGGGCCUACCCCCUCACCACCUCCUCCUUAUUCCCUGGAUCUCCACAGCAGUAGACCACCUCCUCUAGGGAGCCUCCAGUCUCCACAGUAUGAGAGUAUCGAUGGCCAGGAGAGAAAGGCUGCUCUCCUGAGGCAGAAUGCCACAGAGUCCAACAUGGACAGUGCCGGUGGCUACUCGGCCAGGGCUCCAGGAGCCAACAACGUCACCACUGCGAUAGACUCCGAUAACAAUCAGUGAUACCGUGACCGUGUCUUGAUUUGUAACUCUGUGUGUGUGUGAAUUUCACUUAUAGCUGUAUGAAAAUC